UAUUUUGUGGAUAAACAAUACUACCUUCGCUAUGUGAUUCCGUACAGUCCGAUGGAGGUUACCGCCGUUUCGAAUGAACUGCCCCCACCUUCAGGAUGAAAUAGCCCACCAAGGAAACAACGACGUUAGUGCUGUUUGCUGGGCCAUUUCUUUGACCCUGAAGAUGGGGGCAAAACAUUCUUCCGAAACGUCGCUCGACUUAUACCAGACUACACGUCGUCACAACACAGAAUACGGUUCUCAUCAUAGGCAUUGCUGUGGAAGCGUCAAAUUGCACAAAUUGUGAGGAUGUAGGGGCGGCAGAUUACUUUCUAGAAUGGAUUAUGAUUACUUAAUUAAAUUUCUGGCUUUGGGUGAUUCUGGAGCAGGGAAGACAAGCUUCCUUUAUCAGUACACGGAUGGAACCUUCAAUAACCGUUUCAUUUCAACAGUUGGCAUAGAUUUCAGAGAAAAAAGACUGGUGUAUCGGUCUCAAGGUCACAGCCAGAGGGUACAUCUGCAGCUGUGGGAUACAGCUGGUCAGGAGAGAUACCGUAGCCUAACGACCGCCUUCUACAGAGAUGCAAUGGGAUUCUUGCUACUCUUUGACUUGACUAACGAGCAGUCCUUCUUGGAAGUAAGGAAUUGGCUUGACCAAUUGAGGACACAUGCAUAUUGUGAGGACCCAGAUGUGGUGUUGUGUGGGAACAAGUGUGACUUAGAGGACAAGAGGAUAAUCAGUGAGCAGCGUGCCAAAGAGACAGCUGAGAAAUAUGGCUUGUUGUAUUUAGAGACGAGUGCGGCAACAGGACAGAAUGUGUCUCGGGCUGUUGAAAUGCUUCUGGAUCGUGUCAUGAGGAGGAUGGAGAUGGCUGUAGACUGUGCCAUGUUGCCAGGCCGACAUGGAGGCCCUAAACCUGGAGCUCAAGAAGCAAAUGUAAUUCUGCAUCCACCACAUUCAACAUGUGGCAGCUGCUGAUGUGGCAGCAUGAGUACAUAAAACAAAAAUUAUCAUGUUCUUGGCUGAGGAGAGAUUGUGAUUGAAAGUGAAUGACAGGAGUUGGACUGUUACAGAACAGUGCAUGAUCUAUCUAAUGUAGUAAUUUAAGUGUGAAGACUUGAGACAAUACUGGCAAGUAACCUUGUAACAGUUUGUGAAAAUGACAUGGGCAUUAGUAUAAUUAUCUCAUACUAAUUUAGAAUGCCAUGAAAGAGGCAUUCUUUGGUUGAGUAUCUUAGCUCAAUAAUUGUGACCUCACAAAUAACAAAGUUGUAUUACUGACACCAGAUAAGAAACCCUAUUUAAGAGCCUUACUUCUGAGGAACCAAGUAUUAUAAAGAACAGUUUUAAGUGACACACAUUUUC